UUGUGCUGAUACCGUCCCAGAGAAAGGUGUCGCCCUUAUAGCUCCACGGAUUACAUGAUUAAUAUGUCAUAGCGACUGUGGAUUGCGUAGUGUAGUGAUAAAAGAUUUCAUCUGUGUUGCACCACACUCCGUGUUGCUGCGGAGCUGCCAGACAGCCUCCCCUUAACAACCCUUGCAACCAACACUACGGAUGAAAGACCCUUAAGGAAACCUCGUGUUCGCAGCACAGCCUUCCUUGUAACUUCAGCAGUGAAAAUGAAUCCAUUUUCUGUUUUAAUUCUGCUUUUGGAGGUCCACACUGCCUUCCUAGUCACACAGAGUACAGAUAUCCAUGUUGAGUUUCUGGGCAAUGGGAGUCCAACUGUAAAGAUCACUGCCAAUCGAGGUUGCGAAAACAUCACUAAAGAUCGCUUUAUUGUGAGAUUUUACCCAUGUUCCAAUACUGACGAAGUGUUGAUGUCAAUGAGUGCGAGAGGUGUUUGUAAGAAAGAAGGUAGCAAGAUAUGCCUUUACUCAAACUUGAAAAAAAAACGGUGCGUUUUUCUAAAGGUACGCAUAAACAAUAUCUGGAGGAGCUCUCUACACCUCAACCUUGAAAACGUAACAUUUUAUAAUGAGGCAAGCGUUAUAAUCCAUCCAUGGAAACAUCAAGGUGACACAUCGACGCUGACUCUCAAUCAGAUAAAAAGUGCUUCAUCCUACAAACUCAAGCUUACCCCCAAGAGGUCUUCAGAGGUGUCUGCUGACACUUCCAGCGACUGUUCAACUGUUAUCCUCAAUGGUGAAGAGGACCGCCCAAACAACAUAAGUUUUACCGCAGACUGGUCCCAAAAUCUCAACAAGGCAUGUAAAUAUGAUACAGAGUUAGUUCUACAAGACUAUUGCAAGAAUUCCCUUUACACCAAAAAUCUGUUUGAAAAUCAAGAUGAUUUACUUUUUUGGAAGCCUAGUCCUGGAAAGAAAGUGACAGAUAACACAGUCGCAACAAACACCUGGAUGAUUUUGGCCAUGGCUGCGGUGUUCUUCGUGGUUUUAGUCAUCAUUUUGAUCGUUUAUCUCCUUCACCUAAAGAGGAUGCAACAACGAAGCCCAUCACAAGAUGGUAGCGCAAUCCAGAUUGAUAAAGGUAGUAUCCUCACCAACUCCCCGCCCACGGUUUUGCUGGUAUACUCCCCAUGCCUCCACCAGGAAAUGUCUGUGCUAUCCACCAAAUUACAAAACAAGACAAUGCUUAAGAUUGAGGACCUUUACAGCGUAGGAGACCAGGAUAAGAUUAAUGACCCUACAGUUUGGCUCACCCGACGCCUCAUGGACAUCAACAUCCGAAUGGUACUGGCCGUCUCCACUUUUCCCACCCCUUCAACACAAAAUAACUGUUCUGAGGAGAAAGAGCAAGGAGGAGUCUACCACUUUCUCCUAGACAUAUUUUUUCAUCAUCUGCAGUCGUCCAAACUUGCCCAUGAUUACUCACGUCUUCAUUAUGUCAGACUGGAGAACCAAAUAGAGCAAAACCUGUGUAACGUGACGCCUGGCCGCCUGUACCUCCUCCCUGCUCACUUCAAUCACCUAGUGAGAAACCUCACCCUGCCUGCAUCCAUGUUCUCCAAUAAAGUCUUUUCUGACAUGUAAGGAAUAACAUCUUUUAGCGACUUGGCUUGAUCCACCAGAUCGAUGACACUGCAUGAAAUAACAACGAUUUUGUAAAUCUUGAUCUCUCUCUUAUGCUGUUUAUUCACGAUUGUCCUAAAAAAAAGCAUGGAUUUAUUUCGUGGCUAGCAUACUUACCAUAGUGGUUGUAUUAGCUCAAUAUUCUUUAAUUGAGAAUAGCAUCAAGAAACUUAGUCUGACUUUUUGGUCUGAUCCAGAGAAGUCUACUCAUGUUUAUAAUAGAGCAGUUGAUUUUACCAUUAGUUUUUUUUUCUGUUGAUUUCGUUUGUUUUGGUCAUAUUGCUAUUAAAUUUUGCUUAUAUCUUUUGUAUUUAGUUUAUUAUAGAAUAAAAUAACAAAGUUAAAUUUCUGCCUUAUUGAUUUUAAUAAUGAUUAUGGUAUAUUAGCGUUCUUUAUAAAGAAUACGGGAUUUAUAUUUGAUAUGCAUUGCUAAAUAAUAAAUAAAGAGUACAUAUAAUUUUCUCCCUGAAUAACAAAUGGUAUAUAAUAAAAAAAAAAAUUUAAUCUGUGGGAUCCAUAUAUAAGAAAGAAUGACAAUACAAUUGAUUAAUUUAUGAUAAAAUUAUAAAUGAAUAAAAUUACAAUUGAUCUGAAUAUGCCUAGCA